UAUGGGAACACCUUCAGAACGCUUACAUAUGGUAGAAGACUUGGUAGAAGACUUUUGAACAGUUCCAACCAUCAUCCUUCCUUGUGUCAUCUUCCUGGAAUAGAUGAACCUAAAAUAUCAUCUAAUUUGAAGCACCCUACAAUGGUUUGGGAAGUAAAGACAAAUCAGAUGCCUAACGCAGUACAGAAGCUUCUGUUAGUGGUGGACAAGAGGACUUCAGCGAUGAAUGAAUCAUUGGAAUUGUUGAAGUGUAAUGAGAACCUCCCAGCUUCUCCUGGAUAUGCAUCUUGUGAUGAGCAUAUGGAGCUUGAUGAUCUUCCAGAACUGCAGGCUGUUCAUACUGAUUCCACCCCACCUGCACUUUACCAGCUGAGUGCGGAUGUCUCCCAUCAGGAAUAUUCAAGGCCUUUGUGGAACCAGCAUACCUCAAGUAACAGUUCAGAAAGUUCGUAUACUUGUGAGAAUGGAGUGAACUGGUUGACAGAAUUGGCAAACAUAGCUACUAGUCCACAGAGUCCCCUUAUGCAGUGCUCUUUUUAUAACAGGUCAUCUCCUGUCCACCUGAUAGCUACAAGCAAAAGUUUACAUUCCUAUGCACGCCCUCCACCAGAAUCCCCUCAGAGUGAUUCUGGCUUUCCGAAGCAUAAUAUUGAUGAAUCACCAGUCAGACAUGAAAGGACAAACAGUGAAUCGGAGUCUGGCAUUUUCUGUAUGUCAUCACUGUCAGAUGAUGAUGAUUUAGGUUGGUGCCACUCUUGGCCUCCAACUGCCUGGCACUGUUUCCUAAAAGGAACACGUUUAUGCUUUCACAAAUGGAGCAAUCAAGAAUGGAAGGAUGUUGAAGAUUUUGCUAGGUCUACAGGCUAUAAAAAUAAAGCAGAUGAUUCAAUGAUUUCUUGCAAAGGAUAUGGUUCUGAUGGCUUGAAGUUGAUAUUACACGAAGAAACUAUUUCAUUUGGCGAGUCUGUACUAAAGUUGACAUUUGAUCCUGGCACAGAAGAUGGCUUGCUUACUGUAGAAUGUAAACUAGAGCACCCAUUCUAUGUUAAAAAUAAAGGUUGGUCCUCUUUUCAUCCAAGUCUGACUGUGGUUCAGCAUGGUAUUCCAUGUUGUGAAAUGCAUAUUGGAGAUAUAUGUCUACCUCCUGGACACCCAGAUGCAAUUAAUUUUGACGAUUCAGGCGUUUUUGAUACAUUCAAAAGUUAUGAUUUUACCCCAAUGGAUUCCUCUGCAGUCUAUGUGUUAAGCAGUAUGGCUCGUCAGCGUCGUGCUUCUUUAUCAGGAGGAGGAUCAGGAAGCCAAGACUUUGAAAGAUCAGAGUUCAGUACAAACUGUGGGCCUAUUCAGCCAUCACAGAUUCCAUCCAAUUCUUUGUACAAUAAAGCUGGCAAAAGCCACAGCUCAGGGACUGCAAGUACUGUGACUGCCACUUCGCCCAACAAAUGCAAAAGACCAAUGAAUGCCUUUAUGCUUUUUGCCAAAAAGUACAGAGUUGAAUACACUCAGAUGUACCCAGGAAAAGAUAACAGAGCCAUAAGUGUGAUACUUGGUGACAGGUGGAAGAAAAUGAAAAAUGAAGAAAGACGGAUAUACACAUUAGAAGCCAAGGCUUUGGCUGAAGAACAAAAACGUUUAAAUCCUGACUGCUGGAAACGGAAACGAACAAAUUCAGGUUCACAGUAAGAGUAAAUUGGAAUUCUACAAAUAACAUGGUGAUGGAGGACUUGAUCACUGUUUCAUGAUCUCUUGUGAAGGUGUGACCAUAAAAUGUUGGCAGCAUUGAGUAAUUAGGAACGAAGAUUUGCUUAUUACAGUAGAGCAUUAAGCAAGCUAAAAACUAUCAACAUUUUAAAACCAAAUUGCCUUAUUUUCUUCCAAACUAUAUGUCUAUCAGGUGUAAUAGGCUUGAAAAUGGAUAUCCUGUGGUGCUAAAGAAUUGUAGGAGGAAGAGGAGCUUUGUAUAAAUGUUUAUUUUUUAAAAAAAUGCACAAAAAGGGGAAUUUUAAAACAUGUAACAUCUGUUUAUACAUUGAUUCUUAUUGCUGAUUAAUAUGUAUUGCACAAAUAUGCAAUUAACUACAAAUCUGGGAGCUGGGAUAUUCUGACACAAUAUAUGAUCUUCUGGGUUAGAAUCCCUUUUGGGACAUAUACUGGCAUCACCUCUCGUGACACCAGCUUAUGUGGGGUUUUCUGGAUGUUGCCAAAAGUAGUAGUAUCCUUUACUACCUUGCGUACCACCUCUCCAAUGCAACAGCUGCCAGGAGCCUUCACAGACACACCUCCACUCCUGCCAUCCACUGAACAGCUGGAGUUCUACACAAGAGGCCUGCUCCAGCUGCCCUUGUUUUGUCUGCUGGGGGCAGAGGCUGCUCCUUUUUCUAGGCUGGAACAUGCCCAGGUGGAUCCCUAUCAGCAGUUGGAGGUGGGAGCAUUUUCCAAACUCCCUGACCACUGUUACCCACCCAGGGAGGAGAGAGCAUCCUCCUGCAAGACAACAGUAAAAGUAUGGUAGUGGAGCCUUCCACUCUGCCAGUGUUCUUAUUGGAUUUAACCCCAGUCUGCCCAGUGCCAACAAGUUACCAGAAUGUGUGUCAAAGCAGAUAGCAUAGUGUAUACUAUAUGUAGCAAGACUGUUGUCUGGGAAGAUACUCCAUUUAUAACUUACUUGAGGUGUGAGUUCUUCCCAGUAGAAAUAAAAAGGCUUGUAGAACGGCCUGGGCUAUACAUCGCAGCCCAGGAAUAAAUUCAUUAGUAGCAUUGCGUUAUCCCAAAAGAAUGGUGCUUUUGUGGUGUCACCAUUUUAUUUUUAAACGUUUGUUUUUUUGUCUCCUAUGCUGCAUAUUUUAAAGACAUCUUUUAUGGUGGGGACAAACUUUGCACUUACUGUAGGUGCAACAUUUGCACUUUACUUUUUUCCCCCUUCCAUCUUUCUAAAACUACAGCAGAUAUGUUAAGAUUUAUGGCUACUUUUGCUGUGAACAUUUACAACAUAGCUUUUGAUGUUACUAAGUAAAGAGUGUGUUUCUGUUCAAGAAUCACAACAUAAAUUUCAGCACCUGACAUGUCUGUCUACAUAAUGUUGCUCCUAUGAUUUUGCACAUUAUAUUCAUGUAUUAUUUCAAAUAAAUUUGUAAAGCAUA